AACUAUAUUAAGUGAAUAUUUGAAAAUAUAGUCUAACACACAUGGCGCAGAGCAAGGACGACAUAAAAUACGGCACAGCUCAGGCGAAAGUAUCGCCGGAUGAAUCUCUCAGAGUUGCCUACACCGGAGGCACGCCCCUCGAGGCCGGAAAAAUUGCCGAUUCCGAAUUCGUCGACCUUUUCCCCGGCGCUCGUAAAAUCUCCGACCAACACCAUCAAGCCGACAGAGCUCGAGCAACACAGGAGCAAGAUGGAGUCUCGAGUCGGGAUGAUAAUCGCCAUUAGAUAGUACUUGCUACACUUGAUCAAAUAUAUACUCUAGUUAAUGCUUUCUCCGUCUUAUUAAUUUAUAGUAUUUCAAUUUUCUUUUUGAAUUGUCUUAUUUAUAUUGUUUCAAUUUAAAAAAUAAAAUAAAUUGUUUUAUAUACUCUCU